CUUAAUGUUCUUUUGUUAGAAUCACUCCUCAGCUAUUGCUGAGCGUGUAGUUGUUUUUGCUACACGCAGGUAGAUAUGACGGUGCAGAGAAUGAGUCAAGCAGCUGGCAAUGACGGAAAGGCUGUCCUAAAGGGGGAGCCUGAGCACGUAAGCGUGCACACGGAAGCGUCAAGCUUCACACCUCAGCAGGUCUCCGAGCAGGCAGCCCUGGGCGCGGGCCCUAUUCCAAAAGCCAUUCCCAUCAUCCAGCCGCAGUCCGAGGCUAACUUCAUGAACUUUCUCGAGCAGAUGGCUGGAGCAUACGUUCCUUCACCGCCACCACCGCUGCUGGUCACCAUCGAGAAGCUCCGGAAGAAUGAAGCUCAGGAAUUCUUAGGCGAUGAGAUCGCCGACCCCAUGAUCGCUAAGCGAUGGUUUGAGCGAACCGUUCGAGUUUUGGGAAACCUUAGGGUUCCACAGGAUCAGCGCGGCGACCUCACAGUUGCCCUACUCCAAGAUUCCGCCUACGACUGGUGGAAGCGCGUGGGAGCAGACGUCCCGGAGCCCGUGCAGUGGGAAACUUUUGAUCAACUCUUCCAUGAAGAGUACAUCCCGAAGCACUUCGUCGAGGCGAAGCGAGAGGAGUUCCUGAAGUUCACCCGGGGUGAACUCACACUGCCAGAGUAUCGUCAUAAGUUUGACGAGCUCGCAGGGUUUGGGCAAGACCUCGUCCCGACCAUGGAGAAGCGGUGCAAGCGCUUCAUGGAGGGUUUACGUCCCGACUUGUCGGCUCAUCUGAUUACUGCCCCUCGAGUUGAUAUCAACGCAUUGUUCAAGCAUGCGUUGGACAUGAAUGUGGCCCUCAUCAAGAAGGCUGAGUAUGAGCAGACGCAGGGGGCGUCAGCAGCACCAUCCCGUCCUCCUCCACCCAAGAAGGCAGGGACAGCAGUAAGAGGUCCUUUGCAGUGCCUAGCAGCUCCCACCAGAGCAAGAAGGCUAAGACCGCGCCGGCACAGUCAUCAGCGUCUGUCCAGAAGAAAGGCAAGAGCGGAGAUGGGUUCCGUAACCCGAUCUGCGACCAUUAUGGGCGCAUGCACCCAGGAGACUUCUGGUUCACUUAGGGCCUAUGCCUUGGGUGUGGCCAGGCCGGGUGAGGCGUUUUCAUCCGCACUAGCUACCACAGCUCUAGCAGCGCAGCCCGCUCAGAGCCAGAAGUCAGCGGCAGCGUCCAGUCAGCCCAAGCGGCAAGCAGCUGGCGCCCAGGCGGGGAAGGCCCUGGCCCGCACUUACGCGAUGCGAGGAUGUACUGAGCAGCCAGCUCAUGACGUAAUCAUGGGUAAGGCGAAUGUGGUAGUCGAUGCCCUUAGUCGUAAGACUCUAGCUGUGUUGCAUGUUCAGCCUACAUUACGUCAGCAGAUAGCAUCGGCUCAGAGCAGCGACGAAUUUUGCAUCCAGACCACUGAGCUCGUCUCUCGGGGUGAGAAGCCAGAUUUCACCGUGCAGGAUGAUAUCUUGUACUAUCGGGGGCGUAUGGUGUUCCGGUUACCUAACUCGAAUGGGGGUAUGUCUGUGACCCAUGACGCUGAGGAUAACCAGGCUGAUUCCCCGGAUGGUCAUGCUAAGGUCGGCUCUCCUCAUCGAGUCCUCCACGGCGGCCAGUCCCCUUUUAACAACCCUCUUUCUCCUCCUCAAAACCCUGGGAUGGAAGGGGCCACCCAUCUCUUCGAGGAUGACCGGCUUGAUUCUCUCCAGGCCCAGGUCGAAUCCAAAUCUAAGGAGGCUGGCCCUUCUUCUUCCCGCGCUAAGGGCCACAAAAGGAAAGGGUCCCAAAAGAGCUCCAAGGGGGACAUGAAGAAGAAGGCCGGGGUCAUUUCAGAAGAGAUUGGUCAAACACUUUUGGAGCCAAAGGACCAGGUUUCCCAACUCACCCUCCUCCUUGAUUCUGCCAAGUUGGAGAUUAAUGACCGGGCAGAAAGGGAGAGGAGGCUUGAGGAAGAGUUGAAAGAAGAAAGGGCCAAAUUGGUGAAGGAGAAGAGGAAGAUGGCUGAGCUGGAGGAAGCUUUGGGGCAGGCCGAAGAAUCUGCCCGGGCCAAGAAGGGGCCUUCUGAAGCUGAUAACUAGGCCGCAUGCCAUCACUUGGAGAUUGCCCGGUCCAUUCUUACAUCCCCAGAGGAAACCAUGGACUUCUUCAAAGUCAUGUAUCAGGAGCCGGAGGGGAAGAGAAUGAUUAUUGACAUUGGAUCUUAUGGGUUCCAAU